UAUUAAAUGGUCAACUAUAUGAGUUUCUUCUUCCGGCCCAAUAUAUACUACGGAUUCAUCACACAUACAAGCGUCUCAAGUGGUGUGCUAACAUAGAAACUAAAAUAGGAAGAUCGCUUAAUGCUAUAUUGGAUUUUCUUCCCUUUAUCCUUGCUGCUCAUCUAUACGGAGCCUUGUGGUACCGUCUUUCUCUUCAACGAGAGGUAGAUUGUUGGCGGCAUGCCUGUCACGAUAAAAGGGUGGGAUGUGAUCUCGCUCAAACAGCUUAUGGUUUCUACUGUGGUGUCAACAUUACCUCCUACAAAUCGCGUCUCAAUAUCACGCAUAUAAAGGCAUCAUGCCCUAUAAAUCCACCAGAUCCAACUAUCUUCGAUUUUGGUAUAUAUCUCUACGCUCUUCAGUCUAACACGAUCAGGUCAACGUCUAUUCCACGAAACAUCCUUCAAUGUUUCUGGUGGGGAUUGCGCAAUCUGAGUUCUUUAGGUUCAAACCUCCAGACUAGUCUCUAUUGGGGGGAAAUCGUUUUUACGAUUUUCGUAUCUAUAAGUGGCAUGGUGCUAUUUUUAUUAUAUCUCAAUAAAAGGAUACAGGUCCCAAUGCUGGAAAAUAUGAAUGAAAACGUGUUGAAAGCAAUCUGUGAGCAUCUUAAGUUGGUGAGGUAUAGCGAAGACAAGUAUAUUUUUCGAGAGGGUGAACCACUUGAUAAGAUGCUCUUCAUCAGCCAAGGUACGGCAUGGUCAUACCCAACCAAUGCAAGUGGUUCCUCAGCGAUCAAGUGUCUUGUGAAAGGUGACUUCUACGGAGAAGAGCUUCUAAAUUGGGCAUCAAAAUUGAGCUCUUUUUCUGAAUUUCCCAAGUCAACCAGAGUUGUCAAGGCCCAUACGAAAGUUGAAGCAUUUGCCAUCAGAGCCAACAACUUGAACAUUGUUGUCUCCACAUUUUGGUGGCAUUUUAGCAAGAAGCUUGAUCACAUAGAGGACUCUCAGUUGGAGAAGUGGCAAAGUUUGGCAGCUUCUUCCAUGCAAGCAAAAUGGCGCCGCCGCAUGCAAGGCAGAGCUAUGGGCGUACCUGGGAAAAAAAACAUUAGCCUAAAAAGUAUCUUAUGACGACGUCUGGCAGCUUGUAGUAUACAAGCAAAAUGGCGCCGUCGUCAUGCAAGGCCUGUCUAGGACUAAGAAUUGGAUGCUACGGUGUUUACUCUCUCGUGCCCAUCUCUUUCCUCAUCUAAGAAUUGGCUUCGGAUUACUUCUCUUGUUUGUCAUGUUUCGUAAUGAUAUUUGUAAUAUUGUCCAAUUACUAAAUAUAAGUAAAUGCCAUUCUCUUGUCAAAAGCACUAGCUUCUGGUCACAAUUUAAUUAAUCAUGUGUUAAUUAUGUGAUACCUUGAUUUUUAUCAUUCAUCAACCUAAAUGGUUUAAAGUGGCUCUGAAUAUUAAAAAAGUGCCACAUUAAUUGGAUCUAAAACAUUGAGAAAAUGCUGAGAUGGGAUUAGCCAAAUUAGCUAGCUCGGAUGUGCUCUUCACUCUACACCAAAGUUCGAAUCCCCCCUCUACAUAGUUAGGGUUAGUUUAAUGUCAAUUAUAGCUUGUAUAAAUAAAUUUUAUAUUUAAAAAAAAAAAAAUAGUUAGAUGCCUUUACUAUUACCCCUCUCGAAUUUUGUUAAGUUCACCUUCUACAGGGUUUACCAA